ACGUUAUUGAACAUUGUCUAAGGAUGUGGAAGUCAGCGACUAGAUCAUUAGCUACUGCAGCCCUGGUAUCUGCUCCCAAAUUACAAGAUGUUGUUAUAAUUGGAGGUGGACCAGCAGGAUUAUCUUUACUUGCGGCAUUGAAAAAUUCCCAUAAAACAAAGCACUUGAAAUGUACUUUAGUUGAAGGUUCAAAUUUAGACCCAAUUCGUGAUUUUGGAAUGGAUCCUCCGGAAAACUAUACUAAUAGGGUUGUUUCUCUUACGCCUAAAUCGGUUGAAUUUAUGCAAGAGAAAAUAGGAAGUUGGGAUUUUAUAAAUCUUGACAGAAUCAAAUUUUAUGAUGGUAUUCGUGCAUAUGAUGGUCAAGAUAACUCAUCACGUAUUAGUUUUGAUGGGACUACCACUGGAUCUGGUGUAUUAGCAGCCAUGAGUGAAAAUAUCAACAUCCAAAGCUCGUUAAUAUCCAAAAUUGAGCAACUUAAUGACGAAAUAAUUGAUGAAGAAGAGGACCAACCAGCUAUCAUUCUUGACAACACAAAAGUCAUUGAUAUAGAAGAUCCUUUGAAUGCCCAGCACACUCACUCUCACAGUGACUUGAAUGAAAUAGAUCCAAGCGCUGGAGAUGAAGCUUUAGAUUGGCCAAUUAUCAAAUUAGACAAUGGAGAAGCAUUACAAGCACGUUUGUUAGUUGGUGCUGAUGGUUAUAACUCUCCAGUUAGAAAGUUUGCCCGUAUAGAAUCUAGAGGAUGGCAAUAUGAUCGCUGGGGCGUUGUAGGUACCAUCAAAAUGCAAUUUGAAGACUAUAGAGCUCUUGGUUGGCAAAGAUUUUUAUCAACUGGUCCUUUAGCAAUCUUACCUUUAACUGAUGACAAUGCUACUUUCGUUUGGUCUUCGACUCCUGAAUUAGCCGAAUUGUUAUUAAAAGUUGAUGAAGUUAUCUUUCCUCAUUUACUUACCGCUGCAAUGACUCUCGAGGAAGUCGACUUACAAUACAUUUAUAAGACUUUACAGAAUAAUCCAAAUGAUAGAUCUGUUUUGGAAGACAUAUCUUGGAGAUUGUCAAAAAAAGACAUAUCUGAUUUAGAAGAAAACUACCCCUUACCAGUAACCGAAUUGGUUCCAGGCUCAAGAGCAAGAUUCCCAUUGAAAUUGUCUCAUGCUGAUACCUAUAUGGCACCUCGUAUCGCUUUGGUUGGUGAUGCUGCCCAUACAAUUCACCCUUUGGCAGGUCAAGGUCUUAACAUGGGUCAAUCUGAUGUCGGUCACUUGGUCCAAGCUUUGGAAAAAGGUGUUGACCGUGGUAUGGACAUCGGUUCCACUUUAGUUUUGGAAAAUUACGUUGCUGAUGCCUGGCCAUCAAACCAUAUGAUAUUAGGUGCUUGUGACAAGUUGCAUAAGAUAUUUGCAGUCCAAUGGACACCGUUCGUAUACCUCAGGGGUUUCGGUAUAAAGACUUUGAACUCUUUGGGCUACGUCAAGGACUUAAUGGUUCAAACAAUCAGUGGGAAAUGAUUGAAAAAAUGUAUAUAUAGUUUUUUUUACCUGCAUGUAGAACUCUAAAUACAUAAAAAGUUAACGGUAAUUCAAAUUGCG